UCCAGACUGUGCGGUAUUGUGGGCUGGUCAGAUCUCCCCCAUGUGGUCCCUGCAUCAUUGACAUGGCGGAAUCCCCCACCGAAGCCUUCUGGUAGUUAUUCCAGCGAGCUGAACGCAGGCAGGGAUUUACCGGACUGCUCGCCCGCCCGCCCGCUUGCCUGGGAGGAACAGGGAAAGCGCCGCUGUCUUGUGCACCCCAGUUUCCAGCGCAAGGAGGCCCGCCGAGGAAAAUUCUCCAUGAAUGUACGUCACAAUGAUGAUGACCGACCAAAUCCCACUGGAGUUGCCAUCAUUGCUGAACGGGGAGGUAGCCAUGAUGCCUCACUUAGUCAAUGGAGAUGGAACACAACAGGUCAUUUUCGUUCAAGUUAAUCCAGGCGAAACCUUUACAAUAAGGGGCGAAGAUGGAACACUUCAGUGUAUUCAAGGACCUGCAGAGGUUCCCAUGAUGUCACCCAAUGGAUCCAUUCCUCCCAUUCAUGUGCCUCCAGGUUAUAUAUCACAGGUAAUAGAAGACAACACAGGCGUUCGCAGGGUGGUGGUCACCCCCCAAUCUCCGGAGUGUUAUCCUCCCAGUUAUCCUUCUGCCAUUUCUCCAACUCACCAUUUACCACCGUACCUUGCGCAUCAUCCACAUUUCAUCCAUAAUUCUCAUACGGCUUUCUACCCACCAGUCACUGGGCCUGGAGACCUGCCUCCCCAAUUUUUCCCUCAGCAUCAUCUUCCCCCUACAAUUUAUGGAGAGCAAGAAAUUAUACCACUAUAUGGAAUGUCCAGUUACAUAACCCGGGAAGAUCAGUACAACAAACCCCAUCCCAAGAAGAUGAAAGACCGGCAGAUUGACCGCCAAAACCGUUUGAAUAGCCCUCCUUCAUCCAUCUAUAAGAGCCAUCUGGGAAACUGUACGACUGUGUACAAUGGCACCAUCAAGACUCAUAAUGGCGCUGCAAAUGGGGGAGGCGGAGGCAUUGGUGGUGGUGGUGGUGGAGGAGGAGCCCCAGCUGUGAAAAAAGUGGAACGGAGAGCAAGAAGCAGCCCCAAAUCGAGUGAACCGGAGUUGCACGAAUGUGACAUGGAAACAAAAAGGGUUCAAGACAUUCUUUCCGGGAUUGAGAAACCACAGGUAUCGAAUAUUCAAGCAAGAACGGUUUUGCUCACAUGGUCUCCUCCAGCUGGCCUUUUAAAUGGAGACAGACACAGCAAUGGUUUGCCUUACACCUGUACUUACGAAGUGGCCUUAUCAGACAAAGGGAGAGAUGGAAAGUACAAAAUAAUUUACAGUGGAGAAGAAUUGGAAUAUAAACUGAAAGACCUUAGGCCAGCAACAGAAUAUCACGUCAGGGUAUACGCCAUGUACAACUCAGUAAAGGGAUCCUGUUCAGAACCUGUUGGCUUCACCACUCACAGCUAUGCCCCAGAAUGCCCCUUCCCACCCAAACCUUCACACAGGACCAAAAAUUCCCUAACUUUGCAAUGGAAGGCCCCUAUCGACAAUGGUUCAAAAAUCACCAGCUACCUUUUAGAGUGGGAUGAGGGAAAACGAAACAAUGGUUUCAGAGAAUGUUACUUUGGGAGCCAAAAACACUACAAGGUGACGAAGCUCUGUCCAGCGAUGGGCUAUACAUUCCGAUUAGCAGCUCAGAACGAUAUUGGCACUAGUGGCUUUAGCCAAGAGGUCGUGUGCUACACAUCAGGGAAUAUUCCUCAAACCCCUUCUGCACCAAGGCUCGUUCGGGCUGGAGUCACAUGGAUCACCUUGCAGUGGAAUAAGGCCGAAGGCUGCACCCCAGAAGAAGUGAUCACCUACAUUCUGGAGAUUCAGGAGGAGGAUAAUGAUAGUGUGUUUCACCCAAAGUACACUGGAGAAGACCGUACCUGUACUGUGAAAAAUCUCAAAAGAAGCACACAAUAUAAAUUCAGGCUAAUUGUCUCCAACGUAGAAGGAAAGAGUAGUCCCAGUGACAUCUUGGUCUGCACCACCAGCCCUGACAGGCCAGGGCCACCCACCAGACCUGUGGUUAAAGGGCCAAUAACAUCUCAUGGCUUCAGUGUCAAAUGGGAUCCUCCUGAGGAUAACGGUGGUUCAGAAAUCCUAAACUACUUGUUAGAAAUCUCAGAAGGAAACUCAGAAGCAAAUCAAUGGGAAGUCACCUACAGAGGAUCUGCGACCGAAUGUAUGUGUACCUACUUGAAACCAGGCACUUUGUAUAAGCUCCGAGCAUGCUGUAUUAGCACUGGUGGACACAGUCAGUGUUCCGAAAGUUUACUUGUCCGUACGCUCAGCGUUGCACCAGGCCAGUGUCAACCUCCCCGAGUGCUGGGGAAACCAAAGCAUAAAGAAGUGCAGCUGCAGUGGGAUGCUCCCCCUGUGUCAGAAACUAGUUGCCACAUCUCUGCAUACAGUGUGGAGAUGACCGGACCCGAAGAAGCUGUUUCUGAGGUGUAUCACGGCCCAGAUCUCGAAUGUACCAUCACCAAUCUCCUGCCUGGGAGAACGUAUCACUUCAGAGUGAAGGCUUUGAAUGAUGGAGGGUAUGGGCCAUAUUCUGAAGCCACAGAAGUCACAACAGCUGCUGGACCUCCUGGGCAGUGUCGAGCGCCAUGCCUUACCUUUCUUUCAAACACAAGUGUACUUGUUAGAUGGGAGAGUCCCGAGAGCUUCGGUGCAGACAUCUCAGAGUACAGACUGGAGUGGGGAGAAGACGAGGAGGCAUUAGAACUGGUGUAUAGUGGCACAAGCAACUCCUUUGAAAUUGGCCAGUUGUCAGCCUCUGCACACUACUUCUGUAGACUACAGGCAAUCAACCAGGCAGGAGCAGGACCUUACAGUGACCUAGUCACCUGCAGAGCCCCAGCAUCUGUACCUGAUGCUGUCACCGUCCUCUAUGUCUCAGAUGAUGAGCACCUGGAUGCCUGUCCGCUAUCACCCUCCGUGUGCCUUGCAUUGAACUGGGAAGAACCGUGCAAUAAUGGGUCCGAGAUCAUUUCCUACAACAUCGACCUUGGCGAUAUUACCAUCCCAGUGGGUAACAUCACAAGUUACAUUAUAGAUGACCUGCUUCCAGAAACAACGUUCCGGAUUCGGAUCCAGGCAGUCAAUGAAAUCGGAGCUGGACCUUUUAGCCACUUCAUUAAGGCAAAGACCAGGCCGCUGCCCCCCUUACCUCCUCGGCUAGAGUGCACCGCAGCUGGUCCCCAGAGCCUGAAGCUGAAGUGGGGGGAGAGCACCUCCAAACAGCAUGCCACAGACGACAUGGUGUACAUCUUACAGAUAGAGGACAGGAAUAAGAGGUUUAUUCCCAUCUAUAGGGGACCAAGUCACACUUACAAGGUACAACGGCUGAUGGAAUUUACCUGCUAUGCUUUUAGAAUACAAGCUGUAAACGAUGCUGGGGAAGGACCUUUCUCAGAAGUGUUUACCUUCAGCACUACCAAAUCUAUUCCACCUGUCAUCAAAGCACCACGAGUGAGACAGACGGAAGGAAACGCCUGUGAAAUUGCAUGGGAAACAGUAGCCCCAAUGAAGGGAGAUCCUGUCAGCUAUGUUCUGCAAGUUCUGGUUGCAAGAGAAUCAGAGUACAAACAGGUAUACAAGGGAGAGGAAACAACGUUCCAUAUCUCAGGCCUUCAAAUGAACACAGACUACCGAUUUCGUGUAUGCGUUUGCCGACGGUGUUUGGAUACCUCACAAGAACUUAGCGGACCUUUCAGCCCAUCUGUUGCCUUUAUGCUCCAACGAAGUGAGCUCCUGCUUACAGGGGAAACAGGAAGGAUAGACGAUCCUAAGACGAAAAGUUUGAUGCCUUCUGACGAACAGUUUGCAGCCCUCCUUGUCCUGGGUUUUGCAAGUGUCUCCAUCUUAUUUGCCUUCAUACUACAAUAUUUGUUGAUGAAGUAGAGAGUCCAACACACAAGCUUUUGAAGCGGCAUUUUUAAGUAAUGCUACACAUUAUAAUCCACAUGUUUUAUUCAGAUAUUCCUUUUUUAUUUUCUUUUUUUCAGCAGUGUUUUCCAGUACGUUUUAUACGUUUUUUUUCCUGGAUGUAUGGGUUUUGGAGGGGAGAUGGGGGAGGGAAUGUCAGUCCUAUCUAAUAAAUAUCCAUGUUUGGGUGCACCUUUCUGAAAUUCAAAGGAAAUGGUCAAACUUCAGAAAUAAUCCAAGCCAGAUACCAAAAGCAAAUGUCUUGGUUUUUUGUUCCAUAUGUAUUUCCCAGGACUCUUAACUGUAACCAGUUUGCCUUCAAUUUUUGUUUUGCUGAUCAUUGCAAUUCUUAAGGUGCAGUUUAGUAAAUCAGAAUAACUGUCUGCUUUAGAUUCUUCUGCAUCUUUAGCCCUUAACCACCGGCUUGUUGUAGUUACAGUGCCUACGAUAAUACACAGUCUUGGGUGGACAAUAUUGUUGCAUAUGAUCACUUACGUUUCUUUCUUCCCUCCUCCCCUUGUCUAUGGUUAAAAAACAAAACCCCGUUAUGUUAUCAACUAUAUAUUUAGCACAUUUCAAUCCAAAUAAUUUAUGCUGUAACCUGAAGUCCUUUUUAAAUAAUAGUCUCUUUAUUCCAGCUGUUUGCGCACUAUGAACCGCCUGUAUAACAAAUCCGAUAACCAAAUAGCUUUAUAAAUUACAAAGCAUUACGGUUUUCUACCUUUUUAAUUUUAUAGCAGUAAUGUUAAGAGGGCAUUGUGCAAUAGUUACUCCCAUGUCCAGCUGUUUUUUUUUUUAAAAAGCUGCUUUUAACUUGUUUCGCCUUUGUAUAUAACUUACUUUUAAUCCAAUCACUAGAUUUUAUUAUAUUCAUCUUGAUUUAUACAUUUAGAACUGGUGGAAGUUUGCUGCCUUUGCUGUUUUAUAUAAAGUAUUACCUUGACAUACGCCGCCUUUUGUAGUCAGUCAGCCACUUAAGGGGAAAAGGAAACCAUCUCUCAGCCUUGGGGAAAAUCAAAAUGAGUUCAGUUUAUGGAGUCUCAGACUGAACCUAGAUGAUACAGAGUGCUCAAAGCUGCUGGCAAAACAGCAACCCCACCCCUUCUCUGGUCCCCUGUAACACUGGCUAUUAUUAAAUGCAUCAUUUGACACUAAUGCAGUGCAAUGCUAUUUCCAGCUCCACCCAGUUUCCAUGGCUGCCGCUUUGCAGGUACAGAGGAACUUGCGUUGCAUUGGUAUCGAAUCACAUGCUUUGUAACAGGAGACGUUACACAGCCGGAGGAGACAAAAGGCUGCCACUUUUGUUGGCAGCCACACAUGUACCAUAAUAUGUAGUUUCAGCCCUUGAAUUGGUAUUUUCAAGUGAUCAUUGUAAAAGCGGUUGUCAUUCUCCCUUCGGAAUAUCGUGUCUGCCCUUACAUCAGUGGCCCAACCAUGCAUGUUCAUCCAUCAACAUCCUUGAUUUUUUUUUUGUUCUAUUUUGUUUUAAACUUUGAGUCAUUGGAUUAUUUAUAUGACGUCAAUGAUGUUUAAGUGCCUCAGGGAUAUCAGUCAGUAGGAGGUGCAAGUAAAUUCCAAAAGGGUGCAACAGACACAGGGGACGAUCUACCAGGGGCUCCUGUGGGGCUCGCCUCCUUGAGAUUGAACCGGCCUCUUGUCAUGAGCCCCAUUCAUUUCAGUAGAGGUUGCACAGGAGAAAACGCCGUUGCAUCGCUCCCGUUAUUUCUAGCAGGGUGUGUGCUUGGAGGGGUCCCCCAUGAAUUUUGCUCCAUAUUUUGUAUAUCCCUGCUUUUUAAAAAAAAUAAAAAUAAAAAAACCUUGUGUAUAUUUUUGCUAUUUUGAUUUUGCUUGUGUCAUAGCUUUUUUGUCCUCUGUGCUAUGAUGCAGCGUCCUGUGCUAGCAUAUCUUCCCAUAACCAAAGUAAUGGGGGAAAAAAACCAACAUUAUUUUUGUUAGGUUUAUUUAUACUAUAUACUGCAUACAGUACUUUAAAUGCCAAUUACAGUGCAAUCUUAUUAUUUAUUGUAAAACAAAUUAAAAAUAAAGUGUACUUAUGUACUAAAUCCUCCCCCCCCCCCCGGUAGCAUGUUAUAUUUUCUCUUUUGUUGUUUUAUACAAGUGUACUUUAGGUAAAAUUCCUGUACCCUGCCAGCAGCAUUCCUAGUAUUAUUAAUCUUCUUACAGUUUCUUGUGUGUGUGUUUUUUUAAAUGGGAGUGUCUUUGUGUAUUAAAUGCCAAAAAGGAACCCCUCCCAGCAUUGAACACAAUAAGCCCCCAAGUGCGAUGCUGUGUAGUGGCCAUUUAAUCAAUGGGGUUUGCCUGGCGACACAGCUCGGCGCUCUCGAUGGGAAAGUUUACAUGUAGCCAAAAAAAUAAAAAUCAUGACAUCUCUUGAAAGAAAGUGCUAAGAUUGAUGGAUUAUUCUGUGUGCCUCUCUAGAUGUAGCAAAAUAGUACAACAAUUCUGUAUUUUGUUAUCGAGUAUAGCUAGUUUAUCAAAUUUUGCCUUGCAAAACUAAUGGCAUUAAGCUAAUUUGCUUUUAUUUUCUCCUUUGGUCGAAGUCGUGGCUUGUCUAAUGUGGGGGGGGGGGUGGUCUUCAUUUCAAUUGACUUGUUCUAUGAAACUUGUGUGAUCUUUGCAUAUAGAUUUUGUAAAUGUAACAAGUCCAGAAAGAUGAUUAUGGGGUACAGAGGGGGAGAAUUAUCUUUUUUUUUUAAUAAUAGAAGUGAGAAAAGAAAAACAGCCCCAUCUCAAAAAGACUAGUUGCACUCAAGUCUCAAUGGGAGAAGUCAGCUGUGACUACUGUAUGUCUUGUGAGCUCCAAAAGACUUCCAGGAUUAGUAAUUUUUGCUGGAUUAGGGCCAGGCAUUUUAGAAAACGAAUAAUUAGGAAAGCCACAAAUUCAAACAGAUUUCCUUUUGCCCCGAAUAUUCGGGUUGCUGUUGUAGCUUCUCUGCAGCAAGGAUUUCCUUUGUAAUAUCUUUUUAAUAGAAGAGGAAAUAAAACUACUGUAAACUUUGUAAAAGUGUCCUCUCUGAAUCCAGAUCUAUACAGUCUGUUGAAAAAGGAGUAGUUUUACAUAGGGUGAAAAAAUGUGGUGAGGGGAAAAAAAUCUUGUAACACUUUAUUUUAAAUAUUCUCUUGAUACUAAUUUGUUAUAUAUUUUAUUAGUUUCAACGUCAGAUAUCCCCCCCUUAAAACUGCCAUCAAAGAUGAUCAUCUCCAUAAAACUUCAGUGGUUCUCUUUUAAACACAGCAUUUUUGCCAUAUAAAUUUACUGGGCUUCAUCUAACGCAGCCAUAGAAUAAAGUGUUACAAAUUCAAACCAUUCCUGUUUCAGCUUCCAUUACCAGCAGACACAGAGGGUUGCUGGUUGCCUUGUAUUUACUUUGACGUCUUUCCUGACCCGGUCAAUAUCAGCUGUGUAAAACCAACUCUUUCUCCCUUCCCCAGGUCCCAAAUCCUGUAGGCUAUAAAGAAAUUGUAAAAAUACAAAGUGGGGAAAGUAUUUUAAGAAACUAUUUAAAAAAGGAAAUGAAACAUUUUUUUAUAUUAUCUGCCUUUGUUGUUUAUGAACUUGAAAUGUUGUAGUUUUCUAAUCCUGUUUUGUCAGCAACAGUAAAUCAGUAUUCACUGUUACCAUGGAAAAGUGCCCUAAACUGAAUGUUUCUGAACAUAAUCCUUGCACAAUUCUUUAAAAUUGAGAAAAAAAUAUAUGUUUUUUUACCUCACUUAUAGGACAUACAUUCCAAGCUUUUCAACUUUAAGAGAGAAAUAAUCAUAAGUUUUCUUGUAUUGUAAAUUUUAACUAUUUCAUAUGCAUUGUAUUAAAAAAACUGCCAUAUCAAUUUUACUGUAUAGAUUUUUGCAAAUAUUACGCUCUGUAUGUAAGACUUAACUGUAUCUGUAGUGUAUAUGUAAUAUAUUUAUGCCCAAUAAAUGUUUUAAUUCUU